UCUGAGGCCUGUGGAGGAUGGGCAUGGUCUAGUGGGCUGGUGGGAGACCAGGCACCCGCUCCGGAGGUCCGGACUCCUGCUCCAUCCCGACCUCCGCUUGGCCUCAGGUGCACUCGCCACCACUGCCGACCGCCAUGGGCAAGCAGAACAGCAAGCUGCGGCCCGAGGUGCUGCAGGACCUGCGGGAGAACACGGAGUUCACUGACCACGAGCUGCAGGAGUGGUACAAGGGCUUCCUCAAGGACUGCCCCACCGGCCACCUGACCGUGGACGAGUUCAAGAAGAUCUACGCCAACUUCUUCCCCUACGGCGACGCCUCCAAGUUCGCCGAGCACGUCUUCCGCACCUUCGACACCAACGGCGACGGCACCAUCGACUUCCGGGAGUUCAUCAUCGCGCUGAGCGUGACCUCGCGGGGCAAGCUGGAGCAGAAGCUCAAGUGGGCCUUCAGCAUGUACGACCUGGACGGCAACGGCUACAUCAGCCGCAGCGAGAUGCUGGAGAUCGUGCAGGCUAUCUACAAAAUGGUGUCCUCCGUGAUGAAGAUGCCCGAGGACGAGUCCACUCCGGAGAAACGGACGGACAAGAUCUUCAGGCAGAUGGACACGAACAAUGACGGUAAACUGUCCCUGGAGGAGUUCAUCAAAGGUGCCAAGAGCGACCCCUCCAUCGUCCGGCUGCUGCAGUGCGACCCCAGCAGCGCCAGCCAGUUCUGAGAUCACGGGCCUCUGGACAGUUGCAGAGAAACACAGGCGUGGCGCGCCGUCUAAGCUUUGCUUGCGAAAGUGGAUGCUCUGCAGUCAUUCCUGCCCUGCUGCGACCGGGCCCAGGAGACGCGUCACACCUGCCCGGCCGGCGGCUGCACUUCCCUCAGCCCGAUCAGUGCGAUGUUCCUCCCCCCUCCCUGCCCGGUCCCUUCCAGGGCCACCCCCAGGGACGUGAUUCCACUUAGGAUUCAAGUGUUCUGGGCCCAGGGCACCUCCCCACCCACAGGGAGCCCAGGGGACAAACCGAGGUUACCAGGCAGGGCUUUCCAGCUAAUUUACUGAGUGAUCCCAGGUGACGCUGAGAAAGGUGGGGACGAGGACGGAGGGAGAGUAGGCAGGCAAGCCCUUCCCGAGCAUGGCUUCCCCCCUCCACUUCUCUGACCAAAGCCGCUUGCACGUACACCCCGUGUCCCCGUUCUUUUACUAUAUAAAUUAUACGUAUGGUGAAGUGACACGUAACGUGUAGGUCCCGUAUUUAACGCCUCUGAUUGCCUUUGAAGCGUGGUCCCCGUGGCCUGUGAUCCCUCCGAGCCUGGUGGUUUUGUGGUCUCUAUGCGCCUCGAUAUGCCCGUUCCCAAAGGACAUGCAUGCGUGCCCAGGGCCGCGGAGCCCCCGCGUCCGUGUAGCCACCCCGGCGUCCGUGCGCGGUCUGUCCUGUUGAUUGGUCUGCCAUUUCCGGUAUUAAAAUGAUCAAAUAAAA